AUGCAAAGCAGCAGGGCUCCGGCCGGCAGCGUCAGCGCCGAGAGCUGCAUCCCUGCGGGGCUGCGGCUGGGCCCUGUGCCGGGCUCCUUCAAAUUGGGCAAGUACCUGUCAGACCGCAGGGAGCCAGGACCCAAAAAAAAGGUGCGGAUGGUGAGAGGGGAAUUAGUGGAUGAAGCCGGGAGCUCAGCUCUGGAGUGGAUAGGGUUAAUCCGAGCUGCCCGAAACUCCCAAGAGCAGACACUGGAGGCUGUUGCGGAUCUGCCAGGAGGACAGAUUUUCUACCGGGCGCUGCGAGAUGUCCAGCCGGGAGAGGAGCUCACCGUUUGGUACUCCAACCCACUGGCACAGUGGUUUGACAUCCCCGUCACGGCCACCCCAACGCACGACGAGAAAGGGGAAGAACGGUACAUCUGCUGGUACUGCUGGAGGACCUUCAAGUACCCAAACAGCCUCAAGGCCCACGUCCACUUCCACUGCUCGCUGAGCCACGGCCGCCCCUUCCUCCACCACGACCACGGCCGGCCCGCUGCCUUCGGCCUCCCGCCCAAGGAGCCGCCGGCCGCCGCGCUGCGCGCCCACCCGCCCCCGGGCUGCGGCCCGCGGGAGCCCGUCAAGCGCGAGGUCGCCGUCUCUUCCCCGCCGCUCGCCAAGCCGGGGUUGCCCAAGCGUGCGGCAGGCAAGGAGGAGCAGGAGCGGGCCCUGGACAUGAGCGUAGGGGCCGCCCGCGGGCCAGGGCCGCUGCUGGGACCGGCGGGCGGCAACGGGCUGGCGCUGUGCCCCGGGGCGCGCUCGGCCUUCCGCCCCGCCGGGCCGCUGCGGGAGGAGGCGCGGGGCGCCGCCGCCCUCGGCUUCUCCAAGCUGCUGGGGGGGCUGAAGGUGGGACGUGCCGCCGCCGAGGCACCGCCCAAGUGUGGGGCGCUGUCGGGCGAGGCCGCCCCCCCGGCGGCAGCGGCCGGUCUGGCUUGCGGCGGCGGGCUCCGAGCCUUCCCGCUGCUCUCACCGCUGGAGGAGGCCUCGGCCUUCCGGCAGGUGGAGCGGGGGCUGCCAGGCGCAGCCUUGCCGCCCGCCCGCUACCCACCGCUGCCCGGCGGAGCGCUGGAGCGCUUCGCGCUGCCGCCCUUCGAGGGGCUGAAGGCGUACGCGGGGGAGUGCGGGCUGCCCGUGAUGCCGCUCACCGUCUACAAUGGAGAGCUGCUCUACGGCGCCGCGCCCUACUACCCGCUGAAGCUGCACCUGGGCGGCCUCCUCAAGUACCCCGAGUCGGUGUCGUACUUUGGGGGGCCGGCGGCGGGGCUGCACGCCGCCGAGCUGGGUUCGCUGGCCAGCAUCGACCGGGAGAUCGCCAUGCAUACGCAGCAGCUCUCCGAGUUGGCGGCUGAGAAGGGCCGCGGGCGGCUGGAGGCGCUGCCGGCGGCAGCGGCGGCCGGCGGGAAGCCCAAGACCGGGCACCUGUGCCUCUACUGCGGUAAGCUGUACUCCCGCAAGUACGGGCUGAAGAUCCACAUGCGGACUCACACUGGCUACAAGCCGCUUAAGUGCAAGGUCUGCCUGCGGCCUUUCGGGGACCCCAGUAACCUCAACAAGCAUAUCCGUCUGCACGCCGAGGGCAACACGCCUUACCGCUGCGAGUACUGCGGCAAGGUGCUGGUGCGGCGCCGCGACCUGGAGCGGCACGUCAAGUCCCGGCACCCGGGGCAGAGCCUUGGCAAGGCGGCCGAGGACAAGAGUGACUCUGGCUACGCGGCCCCCGAGCAGGAACAAAAGACUGACAACGAGAGCGACGUGGACGUCUGCUUCACCGACGACCAGAGCGACCCGGAGAGCGGCAGCAGGAACCACGAGCAGUGA